UGUGCAUCUUGGUUAAGAGGACAUUACUGCUUUUAUUUAAACGUUGAUUUUAUAGGUUUUAUACAACGUGAUGUCGUUAUAUAUGAACCAGAAAAGAGUAACAGCAUAUUGAACCAUAUUUCUUGUUCUUAAAGCGUCAUAUUUUUCAAAUUUUAUUAAAUACACUACCUGCACAUGUUACAGUAACACAAAUGCAGAAAAUGUUGCCUUUGAUUGACUUUUAUCGAUGUGUACUUUGAUAGCAUUACAUUAUAGUUUUCCUAGAACGCAGUAUUUUGUAACUAAAAAAACAUAAACAUAUUGAGAAAUGUUUACAGUUUUAUAAAACAAUAGCUAGAUAGUUAGCAAUCAUUGUUUGAAUUUAAUCAUUCCACUUACAAUCCUAAUCUUAAAUCAGAGAUAAGCUAUCCAUGAUACACAAUAUUUGUCCAGUUUCUAAAAAUAUUUGAAAUAAUAUGGAUGUUUCCACAAAAAGUGCAGCCUCUAAAAGAGAGUCUUUUGCAAAAUCAAAAUCAGUGAGUAAAAAUGCAAGCUUGCGUCUGCAAAGACAUCGGCGAUUGGAGAGACAGGAUUCUAUUGGAGCAAUAGAAGAACUAAUACAAUGUGGAAUAUGCCUUGAAAAGCUCUCAGACCCCAAAAUGCUGCCUUGCCAGCACACUUUUUGCUUGCCUUGUCUCCAUUCCCACGUAAUGGCAAAGAAAAUCUUACUCAAGCAAGCGAGUCUUGAAAGCCAAGAUGUCCUAGCCAAAAAGCCAGUAGCUAUCAAGUGUCCCGUAUGCCAAAACAAAGUUAAUUUAGAAAAGGGCGUCGAUUCCUUAAACGACUUGCCCAAAAAUCUCUACAUUGACUCUGUGUUAAAACUGGUCGAAAGCAAUAUUCCGCCAGUUAGUUCGAAACCCGAUCGUUGCGUCAAAUGCCAUAUUUUUUCGCGAGGGGAUGAACAGUGUUGUCAGCAUUGCAUGCAGGUGUUUUGCAAUGUUUGUUGGAACGAACAUUUGUCUGAAUUAGAAUCGAAUGUUUCUAUCUUAGUCAAACAAGUGGACGAGUCAAAAAUGAGGCUUGAUCAUAAAUUGGAGAAUAUUGAGAAUCGGUGCGGACAGUUGGUGGAUAAUAUUAAAGAAGCGACUGAACGCAAAAUGGAAUUGUUGAAAAUGGAUGAAGAAAAAGUUUUGAAAGAAGUUGAAUCAAUUGUCCGUGAGGGGAAAAAAAAUUAUAACAAAAUUAGUAGCAAAAUAGAUGAGUUAAAAAAUAAAUUGACUUCUAAUACUUUGCAAAAUUCUCCUGGGAAGAUUUUUAGUUUUAUGAAUUUGCAUAAAGAGACGUCACGACUUCUCUCCUUAGUUACACAUUACGGCGAAGCUCGUGUAAUCUUUGAUCCAGAAUCAUUCAAACUUGACCAAGACACAGAAGGGAUUUAUUCAGAUGUUGGUGAUAAUGAAAUUUCCACUUCCCGAAGUACCAACUCUUUAGAACGAUUCGAAUCAGCAAGUCAAAAUUACAAAAACCGAUCAUUUAUUCCUAAAUUAGUCUGGAACAAGUGCCCAAGACCAGCCGACGUUGGAAUCCCUCCAUGGGACAACCGUUUGCUUUAUAUUGCCGCAACUGACACUCACACUGUCUUAAUCCUAAACCGAGAUCGAAGAAAAUUAGAAGGCAGACUAAUUUCCUCCGAAAUGGUCUAUCCCCAAGGCAUCGCAUUCUCAAAAACCCACCAAGAAAUUUACGUUUCGGACAAAUGGAAGCACUGCAUUCACGUAUUCUCCAAAAACGGGGACUACCUAAGAGAUAUGCUUUCAAAAGGCAAUGGUCUUAGCAAAGUCCGAAGCCCCGACGGGAUUGCUGUGGGCCCCAACGACGAACUUGUGAUUUGUGACAGCGGCAACGACAGGAUUAUAAUAAUUAACUCCCAAACAGGAGAACACAUCUCCACUAUAGGCACAGUGGGCAACAAAACAACCUUAAAUAUGCCAACGGGGGUCGCAAUGAGUGGCGAUAAGAUAAUCGUCGCAGAUACGGGGAAUCACAGAAUUAAGAUUUUUUACUUGGACGGAAGGAAGUUGCACGAAUUUGGGGCUUUGGGUCGAGGGAAAGGGCAGUUUAGGUCGGCGGAAGUUGUAGCCGUUGAUCCUGCAGGGUUUAUUUUAGUUGGAGAUGGGGGUAAUGGGAGGGUUCAAAUUUUUAAACCCGAUGGUAGUGUCGCGAAAAUUUUUGGGGGGUCAAGUAGUGACGGGUUUGGGUGGGUCUCGGGGAUUUGUGUGACGAGUGAUUUAGAUAUUGUUGUGGCUGACAGCAAAACACGCUCUUUGAGAAUUUAUUAAACGAUGGUUUAUUGUUUUUAUUCUAUGGUGUAGGGGAGAUACAAUUUUAUAAACGUCGUUUAUAUUUUACUUAUUUGUACUUAUUUUAAUAAAAAAUGUUUUACACCCAUAA